GCUGACAUUUUUCACACACUUGUGACUGGAGAGUCGUGUGUGAGAGGAAGAAGCCGGUUUGGCGGAGCUUCAAACGAUAUCUGGGAGAGGCCACUCCUCUCUCCACUCAUAAACUCCUUCCCCCGGUUCACCCGCGUCUUUCAGCAUCAUGUCGUUCUCAGGGAAAUACGAGCUGGAGAGUCAAGAAAACUACGAGCAGUUUCUGGAAGCAAUCGGGCUUUCACACGCCAAGACAGACCACAAAGUCCUGACAGAGGUGGUUCAGGACGGGAACAACUUCACCUGGACUCAGACCAUCCCCAACUGGACCUGGUCUAAUAACUUCACCGUUGGCCAGGAGUGUGAGCUGAAGACGAUGAGCGGCUCCACUUUCAAGGCACCUGUAACCAUGGAAGGUGGAAAGAUUUCAGUCAAGUUUCCUCAGUACCAGUUUGAAGCAGAGCUCGUCGAUGACAAGCUGGUCAUGACUUGCGUAACUCCGGGGGAGAAGGGUGUGACUUUCAGGAGAGUGAGCAAGAGGAUCUGAGCCUGCGAGACUCAACACGCUUCAGAGGAGACGAGUGUGAGGAGAGGGAGUCAUAAAGCGCUCAGUGUGUCGCCUGGAACAAGAGCGAGAGGAGAUCAUCUGGAACAAGUGGAACCAUUCAUUACUUUAAACAACCACCUUCUAUUAAUGCAUUAAGACUGAACUUAAACUCCAUAUACUGUUUAUUUACACAGAUAUGAUAGUUUUAACCGAAUAAAAGUCACUUAUCUCUGUUUUAUGAAGUCAUAAUGAGGUUUAUCUUUUAACUCCCUGAUGUGUUAAUGAUGUUACACAAGUUACACAGUUAUUCUGUGCUGGACAAAUGAGGAGAUCCUCUGCAAAUGCCUUGAAAAAGGAGCAGUGUAAUCCAUGUUGCUAAAAAAAACAAUUCAAGUUGAUGUCUCUCAUAUAAAGUAUCAAUAAAACUGAUCAUUGUUA